AUGGAGAGUGAUUUUGUGCAGCUUCAGAAGGUGAAAAUUGCUGAUGAGCUGGGCAAUGAGAAGUUCUGUAUGGAAGCUAACCAGACUGGAAAUGGGAACUGGCUGAAGUAUAUCCGGGUGGCCUGCUCCCGAGACGACCAGAAUCUAGCCGUUUGUCAAAUUAAUGAGCAGGAUAUAGUGGUCUCCGGGUGUAAAUACUGUGACCGGUCGUUCAGCAUUUCCUCCAAUCUCCAGCGGCACGUGAGAAAUAUCCACAACAAGGAGAAACCCUUUAAAUGCCACCUGUGUAAUCGGUGUUUUGGACAACAGACCAACUUGGACAGACACCUGAAGAAGCACGAACAUGAGAAUGUUCCAGUGAGCCAGCACGCCGGAGUCAUUACGAAUCACCUUGGGACCAGCGCCUCCUCCCCCAACUCAGAAUCAGACAACCAUGCACUUUUAGAUGAAAAAGAGGACUCAUAUUUCUCUGAAAUCAGAAACUUUAUUGCAAAUAGCGAGCUGAACCAAGCAUCAACUCUAACGGAUAAAAGGCCAGAAAUUCAGGACAUCGAUAGCAAUUCUCAGUGCCAUGGGUUAGCCAAUGAAAAGUCAGAGGACGUAGAUGAAGAAGAGGAAGAGUUGGAGGAGGAAGACGACGACAGCCUGACAGGGAAAUCCCAGGAUGAGACAGUCUCCCCCACAACAGAGCCCCAAGGAGCCUAUGAGGAUGAGGAGGAUGAAGAGCCCACAUCACUCAGCAUGAGCUUUGAUCACACAAGAAGGCUUAUGCAAUGAUGCUUUCUCUUUCUGAGAACACUCCUCUUCACGCUUCCUCCCAGAACUCUCUGGAUGCUUGGUUGAACAUGACAGGAGCAGCAUCAGAGACGGGGGCCUUCAACUCUAUUAACCACCUCUGAGAGGUCACGGAGGCACUGGGGACAGAGUCCAGAGUGAGAAGACUACCAUGCUAUUAAUGCCCCCUUGCAGAAAUUCUGGACAACAGCAAGACAGAGCAGAGAUCCUCAGGGAAGCCUCUAGGCUUUGGGCUGGGGAAACAUAACUCUUCACCUGUGAUCUGCAACACCUGAUUUUUUUGGGUUUGUUUUUUUUUAAUCUACCCACCAUAGUUUGUCUCUGAUUUCUCGGACUGAACCUCAGAACCCAGAGAAUCCCUGAAGCAGUCCCAGGAUUUCACCAUCUCUAAGAAUAGUUUUUGGAAACCCGGCUAAUCUGUGGUACAGUAACAGCACAUUAACAGCAAUCAAAACCUAGUUCAUUAGAGUUGUGAGACAGCAACCCCCUCUUCUGCCCCCAUCCCAGGCCAGCUAAUGUAGAGUUUUAAAUUUGAAAUUAAAGCCAUUUGGCCAUU